UUGGCCGGCGGGCGGCGCUGAGCGCUCGGCUACUGGGGCGCAGCGCGGGCGGAAGUGGCGACGCUGGCGUCCCCGGAGCCUGCGGCGGGAGGCUGUGACGGCCCCGGCGCUGACGGCGGCGGCCCGGGGGGCGGCGUGGACGCCCGCGGCGCCGGCUGGGGCAUCACCGCGGGCCUCGACCCCGAAAUGGCGCUGCUGGCCGAACACCUGCUGAAGCCGCUGCCCGCGGACAAGCAGAUCGAGACCGGGCCCUUCCUCGAGGCGGUGUCCCACCUGCCGCCCUUCUUCGAUUGCCUUGGGUCCCCAGUAUUUACUCCCAUUAAGGCAGACAUAAGCGGCAACAUCACGAAAAUCAAAGCGGUGUAUGACACCAACCCAGCCAAGUUCCGGACCCUGCAGAACAUCCUGGAGGUGGAGAAAGAAAUGUACGGAGCAGAGUGGCCCAAAGUAGGGGCCACACUGGCGCUGAUGUGGCUGAAAAGGGGCCUCCGUUUCAUCCAGGUCUUCCUCCAGAGCAUCUGCGACGGGGAGCGGGACGAGAACCACCCCAACCUCAUCCGUGUCAACGCCACCAAGGCCUAUGAGAUGGCCCUCAAGAAGUACCACGGCUGGAUCGUGCAGAAGAUCUUCCAGGCAGCACUGUAUGCAGCCCCCUAUAAGUCCGACUUCCUGAAAGCACUCUCCAAGGGGCAGAAUGUGACAGAGGAGGAGUGCCUGGAGAAGAUCCGCCUCUUCCUGGUCAACUACACGGCCACCAUCGAUGUCAUCUACGAGAUGUACACCCAGAUGAACGCGGAGCUUAACUACAAGGUGUAGUCAUGCCGACUGCUGGGCACGCCCCCGCCUUGAGGCCGCACGGAGAAACAGGCAAACCAGAAUCACUGUGAAUCAAGUCAGCGGCUGCCCCUGGCGUGCGGCUGCCCCUGGCGUGCGUCCCCCAGAGCAGCCCAGGGUCCUGCCAGAGUCUGCAGGGGCAGCCCUCAUUUUUUAAAAGUAUUUUUUUGUUUUGGUCUAUUCUAAAGGACCAGUAAAUAAUGAUCUUACUUCCAAAUCUCCUUGGAAUUUCACGACAGCACAGACUGACUUAUGCCUUCAUUUCAGUGUGGUGAAAAUCGAUUAACGCUUCUAAUGAAUCAAGUCCUAGGGUUUUUUGGUUUUGUUUUGUCGCCAAUGAGGAACACAACUCUGGGGGAGUGAUGUCAUCCACCUCACUUUAAAAAUAAGCACAUGAUGGCCGGGCGCGGUGGCUCACGCCUGUAAUCCCAGCACUUUGGGAGGCAGAGGCGGGCGGAUCACCUGAGGUCUGGAGUUCGAGACCAGCCUGACCAACAUGGUAAAACCCUGUCUCUACUAAAAA